AUGAUUAAGUUUACAGAAAAUCUCAAAUCAUUUCAAACUCAACAAAAACUUCAAUACUUGAUCAAUUCCAAUCCAUCUCCCUCAAAGGAAGGUGUUGACAGAUUUGCCUCAACAGUAGAAGAUUUAAUUAUGCAUGCUGCUAAAAAAUCCAUGAAAAUCAAAAAGAAGAAAUACAGAAACAAAAUUUCCAAUGUCUGUAACAAAAAAUGGUUCGAUAAAGAAUGUCGACUCCAAAGACAUUCAUUGAGAAAACUCGCAAACCAAAAACACCGUGAUCCCCUUAAUACCGAAAUAAGAGACAAAUACCAUACCACACUUAAGAUUUAUAAAAACACUCUAAAACGCAAGAAAGAACUUUUUCAUGAAAAGAAACUAGAAGAACUAGAAAGAGUUUCUGAAAAUGACCCAAAUUCCUUCUGGAAACUAUUAAAGAACAUGAGUGAUGACUUUGAGGACCCUUCCAUGAGUAAACCAGAUGUUUCGGCUAACAGCUGGCUCACUCAUUUCGAAUCCCUGCAUGCAAAACAUACGUUAGACACAGAACAGAAUAAUAUUUUACAAAAAUUAACAAAACUUGAAGAAGAAAUCCCAAAUAAUUUUCUUGAUGAACCGAUUUCUGAAGUAGAAGUUUUAAGUGCUGCAAAGAAAUUAAAAAACAACAAAUCUGCUUAUUCUGACAGGAUAAAAAACGAAAUGCUAAAGUGUAGUGUCAAAAUAUUACUUAAAUUAUACCAAAAACUUUUUAACCUCAUUUUAGAAACAGGGCAUUUCCCAGAUCAAUGGUGUGAAG